AGGAUAUGGAAAUCCUCAUUUGUUGAGAAGAAAACCCUCGAACAGUUUCUGAAAAAUAUUAAUCCAUUUACCAACACAAGAGGUCGAAAAGAAUAUAUUUCUUAAUUCUUUUGUAUCUGGACAAAGAUUGAAAGAUGGGAAGAAAUAAAUCUAAUGCUGGUUUAUCAGCGUCACCUGUCCCACCAGCUGAUAAUACCACAGUCAAUGCUGAAGUUAAAAUUCGAGAGGCUUUAAAAGAAUUGUUUAAACUUAUUCAUGAAGUUCAGGAUGAAAGAUCAAGAGGUGAACAUAAUUUGACAAAUAUUUCAAAAACACAUGAGAGAAUGCAACAAGAACAAAAAAUAACACCAUAUUAUAAAACUAAAUUACGAGGGCUAUAUAAUACAGCUAUGCAAGAUGCUGAACUAGAGGCAGAAUUAUUACGGAAAGCUCUAGAUAAAAUAAGUGAAAUCAAAACAAUUCGAGACAAUAGGAGACAAGAUUCUGAUAGACCUAAACAGAUUAUGAGAAGAGGUGUUUUAAUGUCUAUGUUACAACAGAAUGCCAUCACAUUACCAUUGUGGGUCAGCAAACCUGGAGAACGUCCACCUCCACUAUGUGGUGCAGUACCAGCUGAUGGUACCUAUGUGGCUAGAUCUGGUGAUAAAGUAGCAGCUAGAGUUAAAGGUACUGAUGGUGAAGAAAAUUGGAUCCUAGCUGAAGUGGUGUCAUUUAAUGCUAAUACUAAUAAAUAUGAAGUAGAUGAUAUUGAUGCUGAAGAAGGAAAAGAACGACAUACUAUAAGUAAAAGAAGAGUUGUUCCCCUUCCAAUAUGGAAAGCUAAUCCAGACACUGAUCCAGAAGCCUUGUUUCCAAAAGGAACAUUGAUGUUAGCAUUAUAUCCUCAGACAACUUGUUUUUAUAGAGCUGUUGUUGAAAUUCCACCCAAAGGACCACAAGAUGAUUAUUCUGUACUAUUUGAAGACACAUCAUAUGCAGACGGAUACUCUCCACCAUUACUGGUUGCUCAAAGAUAUUGUAUUACAUGUAAGGAGGAGAAGAAAAAGUAA